AUGAGACGAAACAGUGAUAUCUUGACAACACUGAAUUUAGAUAAUUUAAAGGAGCUGGAAUCAACUUAUCUAGACUGUGUGGGGAAUAAGCCAACACCUGCAUCAGCUUUCAUCAGUAAGAUAAUAAGAAUGGAAUAUGAUCUCGAUAAAAAUGAUGAUAAGCUUUUCGCAAUCUACUUAAAACUCUGUGGCAACAAUCAUCAUUUAGACGCAGUUCGACUAACUGAUAGUGACCUACCACCGCUAUGUAUGGCUCUAUCACUUAAACCGUGCAUUACAAUGUUAGAUUUGCGCUAUAAUCGCAUAACGGACCAAGGAGCAGAAAAACUAUCUAAAUUUUUAAAUACUGAUAACCUUUUGGAAGAGUUAAAUCUCAUGGGCAACGAUAUAACUCAAAAAGGUGCAGAAUUUUUGGCCCACUCUCUAAAGAAAAACAAAAACUUGGGUGGUUUAUUUUUUGCUCAAGCUUUGCAAGUGAACAAUACACUUGAAUUCAUUGAUCUUGGAGAAUGUGAUCAGGAUAUAACCAGUUGUAUUGCAUUUGCCACUGUUUUAAGAAGAAACAAGUCCAUAAUUGGGAUCAAUCUGAAUCGGCAGAUACUGUGGACACUGCAAGAAGAACCAACUGUUCACUUAGCUGAUAUGCUGUGUGUGAAUAGAACUUUGAGAGAACUGCAUUUAGCUAAAUGCGAUAUGCGUGAUUUUGGAGCAGCACGUUUAUCUGAAGCGCUGGAGCGCAAUGAUACUUUGGAAUUGUUAGAUAUAAGCGCCAAUCGUGUCGCACGUGAUGGAGCAAUUUCUUUAUCGAAAGUGAUCAGCUUGAAUUGCCCUCUGGUUAUAUUGGACUUAGCGUUCAACAGAUUGCAGUGUAAAGGUGCUAAAGCUUUGGCCAAUGCAUUGCUUUAUAAUACACAUUUGAAAGUCCUUGCAGUACAGUCAUGUGAACUAAAAGGACCUGGACUCUGUGCAUUGGCUGAAUCACUUAUUACUAACGUCACAUUGGAAUGUAUUUAUGUUUGGGGCAAUGAACAUGAAGAAUCAGCGUGCAUUGCAUUUGCCAAUUUAAUCUAUACUAAUCGUCUAAUGGAGAAUUGUACUGAUGUCAGACCAUAUGUAGUUGAUGGUCGAACAUAUUUAGCUCUAUUGGAUCAUGAUUGCACUUAUAGACAAUAUCGGUUUUCCGUGCCUUGGUGGAAGUUUCAGGCACCAAACGAUCGAUCAAUUGCACUUUUUUGA